ACAGCUGCAUCGCUAGCGCUACAUCGGUAGAAGCUAGAACGUGUUGAAUCGCUUCUCCCAGCAAUGAAAUGGUGACUUUAACAGUUUGAGCUCAUCAUGCGGAUAGUUUCCUAUUUGAACAGGAAAUUUCCGUUUUCUUUCCGAAGGUCAACAUGGAUAAUAUAUGCCGACAGUGUGGUUCAUCUUCUAUCAUUGAUGAUGACCACGGUGGGCAAAUCCAUCGAGUUUGCUCUGACUGUGGUGAGGUGAUUAAUUCAACAACCUGCUUUGAGCAGGAGAAGGAUUACUGGAACAAUGUUACAAGCUGUAAUCAAGCAGGAUCACUACACGGUAGCAACCUUGGCAGAUGGAGAAAUAUCAGACAGGGAGAUCCUAGUGCUCCUAGCAGAAAUCUCAAACCCUGGAUGAGUUACUUGAAAGAAGUUUGCAGCAUGAUGGGGCUCAGCGCAGAAAUGGAGAAAGGAGUGGUUGACAUCUUCAGUCAAGCAUGCAAAGGAAUUCUUAAGUGCAAGCAGAGACUCAAGAAACAAGCUCUCUGUGGUGCUGCUGUGUUUACAGUCUGUAGACAGAAUGACUGGCCUGUUGUUCUUUCGGAUGUUAGUACAGUGGUGCAGUGCUCGGUGAGCGAUUUAUUUGCGAUGAAGAAAUUACUCACAAGUGAGUUCAAUAUUCAGACUCCUAAUGCAGACAUUGAGGAUCUCAUUGAGAGUGUGUUGAAGAGGUAUGGCUUUGAUGAUCAGACAUUUGUUGAAAAGUCUGUCAAGGUGGUCAGCCUUGCUAAAGAUGCGUGGAUCACAUGUGGUAGGUCUCAUGAUGCUGUCAUCAUCGCAGCUGCAUUCCUUGUGUGGAAGUCAUCUGAAGAAGGAAGAGGGAAAGGAAAGCAGAUGGCUACAUUUUGCCAGCAAUUACCUCUCAAGCCACCUUGCCAGACUGCUCAACGUGCAAGAGAGAUACGAAGUAUCCUCAUAACACUUGUUAAGAAAAUUCCUUGGCUGAAAUCCAAGAAGAUAACUCCAGAGAUGGCAACACAGUACCUGGAUGAUGUCCUGAAAAACAAGAAGUAUCUCAUAUCCCGUGUAGAGUUGCCUCAGGAGGAGGACUCUAGCGAUGUUGCUGAGUCAACAAGGACAGAAGAAACUGUGAAAGAUGGAUUAGCAGAUCCAUCUAAUACCAGAACAAAAGCGUUCUCCUCACCUACAUGUAUGCUACCCCCAUUUUUGACUCAAGUCAGAAAGAGAAAACUACCUCCCGAAGAUAGUGAAGAAAAUAUGGGCAAGCACAGCAAAGAACAGCCUGUGGCAUUAUCAGUGGACAAAUCCUUGGACCAGGGAAUGAUAAACUUAGAUGAAGAACUGUCAGAGAGGGACAUACCAGAAUCUGAGAUGCAUUUGUAUGUGCGCUCAGAGUUGGAGGUAGCCAAGCUCCAAUCAUUACAGCAGGCAUUAUGGGCACAAGAGUCAUCCACUGAAUAAAUGGUAAUGGAUACAUGUACAGUGCACUGAUGUAUGAGAGUGCAGUGAAUUAUUUCCAUUCACAUCCCACAUUGUGACUUUCAAAAUCUAAAAUGUUAUUAAAAUAUUCUAGUGAAUGAUUCUUGGAAGUCAGUUUGUUCAUAUCAAUUGUUGAGGGGGGUGAACUGAUGAAAGAAAAUUCACGCAUCUAGUGAUACUAAUAUUAUCUUCAGGCAAACUUGAUUGGUUGAUCCAUUGCAACAAACAGUGUGGUAUUUAACAAUUGUUGACCGCUGUGGUGUGGGAUAUGACGUCUUGAACACCCAAUGGACGCAGAGCGCCCUUUGCCUCGGGGCACUAUGCGUCCCUGGAGUGUUCAAGAUGUCAUAUCACACCACAGUGGUCAACAGUUGUUAGGUAUUACACAGUUUAUGUCAAAACCCAUGUAAUGCGCUGUUUUAACUUGAAGCAUUGCUCUAUUUUUAGGCUAAAAGCAAAACGCACAACUGCAAAAAAUUUCAGUUCUUUAAAUUCCAAGGUGACGCGUUUGUGCACAUAGGCCCCUGUAACAUCUUUUCGGUGUGUUGAUUUGUUUGAAGAUAAUUUUUUUUCACACUCGUGCUGUGUUAACUAAUAAAAUCUAGUUAGAACAGCACUUGGAGGAUAUGCUGAAACUGUCCUCAAUAAUACUGGGUCCGUUUACAAGCAUGUGCAUUACAAGCAAAGCAUACAUGUAUCUUGGUUUGGAGGCUGUACGUAGCCGGAGGUUUUAAAUUGUUCAGAUAUGACUUGGAAAAAAGGGAACAAACAAGCAAAAAAGGGAACAAACAAGCAAAAAAGGGAACGGACAAAAAGGUGUUUCCAACUUUUGUUUUAUUUGGCAAGUGUUUGAGCUAACAACAGAAUACAUUUAACAUGUACAUAUAUGUACAUGUAUGCCAACCAUGGGUAUACAUGUAAUGUGUUAAACACAUUUGGCAAAGCUGUGAAGUGACAAGGGAGACUCCUUUGGCAACCAUUAGAAGAACUAAUAGUGGCCAUUUUAUUUAACCACUCUUUAUGGAAUGUCCAACCAUGACUAUUGCCUUGGAAUUUCCAACAUAAUUUCGAACCUUUGGCUAUACAUAUAAUAUAAACCAUAGGUAUCAAUUGGCCAUUAAGCAGGAACACUGAUAAGAGCUUCCAUUUCUGAACAAAAGCGUGGCUAGCUGUUUACAUCAUAUAAAACCAAUAUGUGCUUGACAAAAUCAGCACACACAAUUAUAGUGUACAUGGUGUAUAUCAUCAAAAUAAAUUGCACCUUGACAAUGAUAAAUUCAUCACAUGAACUGCACUAGAACCCCAUUGACAGUACUAAUAAAGACACAAAUUCAAGACUCUUUAAUAAAAGCUGAAUAAGUACAACACCCCUGCAAGGUACAUGUGUUUAUCCUCCACAUGAAUACAAGUUAUAACAUAAGAAUAUACAAGAUGUUACAUGCAUCAAUCAAUCAAUCAAUCACGUUUUAUUCUAAUAAAAAGCAAAGACUUCCAGCCUCAUGAAUACCCUGUAGUAUAUACAUGAAUGUAGUACUUGUUCAACACUUUGUUUUGAAAUUUGGUUAAAUAUGUGAAAGCACAAAAUAGAAAGUAGAACAUAAAAAUGUACUUAGGUAAAAUUCUUAGUUUUUUAACCAUUAACUCUCCUGCAUGUUUCCCUUAUGGAAUUUCAGCAUGUAAGAAUCCGUCUCUGAAUCACUUAAGUAGAGAAGUUACUUGUUAAAAAAAAUAGUAAAAUGUGAAGGGAAUGCACUACUAAAAAAGCAUGCAAACACAUUGUAAAGUAUUGACAUUAAACAAUGACUUCUACAUGUAAAAGAG